AUGGAGCAGCCAAGGCAACAACUGCAGGCACUCAGCGAUGAGUAUCAAGGCCUACAAACAGAGUUGACCAGUCUCGUCUCUGCUCGUCAGAAGCUUGAAAGCCAGCAACAGGAGAACAAGACUGUCCAGAAGGAGUUCUCUACCCUGGCAGAAGAAGCGAAGAUCUACAAACUUGUCGGUCCAGUACUGUUGAAGCAGGAUCUCGCGGAGGCAAAAAGCACCGUAGACGGACGACUGGAAUACAUCGAAAAGGAGAUUAAGCGCGUCGAAAGUGGCAUCAAGGACAUACAGCAGAAAAGUGAGGGCAAGAGGACAGAGAUCAUCCAGAUACAGUCGCAAAUGCAACAGCCAGCAGCAUAA